UGAUAUUUUGUUUAUUCUAGUGGUGGAAUUUCCAUUAAGCCCUCUUUACAUAUGGACUUAAUGCGUGCCGACAUGGGUGGUGCAGCUUGUAUAAUUGGAGCAGUUUAUGCCGUUGCUAGUCUUAAGAUUCCUAUAAAUAUAGUUGGAUUAAUGCCACUUUGUGAAAAUUUGCCGAGUGGUCACGCUAAUAAACCUGGAGAUGUAGUGACAGCAAUGAAUGGGAAAACAAUUCAAGUGGAUAAUACUGAUGCAGAAGGACGUCUAAUAUUGGCAGAUGCUCUAUGUUAUGCUCACACGUUUAAUCCACAAAUGAUAAUAGAUCUUGCAACAUUAACAGGAGCUAUGGAUGUUGCCCUUGGAUCUGGAGCUACUGGUGUUUUUACAAAUUCUACAAAAAUGUGGGAAAUUAUUCAUGAG